UCUUCCUGAAGUUUUGAAUAGCAGUCAGUCUCCUGAAGUAGUUGUGGUGGUAAUGCCAAAUAUUGAACCUUUUGUCGUAGAAAUAUUCACUCCAAAAUGACCAAAGUUAUCUUAGCUGCAUCUUUUUUAAUAGUUUGGAUUGGGGCUGAUGUUCAUUGCAGGGCAUACAAUGACAAUGUUAGCAACGAAUUUCAAACUCGUCAACAGCUGAAGGAUGGGAAUUGGCAAGUGAUCUAUCGCAAACUCAAGAAAGAGCUCGAGAAAUUUUCUGCAAAAUAUACGGACAGAGCUAAGGUGAUCGCCGUGUUACCAGAACCUCAACGGCAGGAAGCAACGAUGAAGUUUAAGCAAAAGGAGUUCUACCUUGCUCUUAAACGGAUGCAGGAAAAACUGGAUCGCUUUGGCCAAGAUUCGAAGAACACUCUAGGCUCCCGAAAAGGUUCAUUUGGUGAUGCAUUCUGUAAGCUUCAUGAAUUUUUCGAAAAAAUCCCCAGGAUAAUCGCGUGCAUACUACACGCAUGUAACACAGUGCCGACUCCAGCCAGUACUACGGAAGAGGAUACCACGACAGAAGAAAUGGAUUCGCCUGAAGAAACAAGGAUAAAAGGAAGAGAACCACCCAGUCCUGAAGGGCAGCAUUGACAAUCUCAAUGCAAUGACUAUCAAAAGAUGGUAGAGACUCAUUAUCGUUAAUUAAAUAAUCCUUAAAAUUAUCGUGAUGUGAAUAAAAUUGUGUUCAAUGAAUGAAUGACCCAAUGGUUGAACAAGCUGUAGGUAUUUGUCAUUAAAAUAUUAAAAGCAAAUUUUUCUUAGUAUCGAAAACGGUUAUUAUACACUUCU